AAUCAUACAUUCUCUUAUUAUUCUACAGUUCACAUAUUUCAUCAUGAAUAAAAGUAUUAACAUUUUACACAAGAUUGUGUCAGCUGCAAAAUACUCAAAUCAAGUGAGAGAUAAAUUAAUCGGAACUGCAGCGCGAACAAUGUCGACCUCGCAGAAUAAAAUCUUUAACCAAGGCGAGGAUUGCAAACCGUCAUGGACAUCUGCCGGUGCUGAUUAUAAUGAGAAAGACACCCAUCUAGAAAUCAUGGGGAAACCUGUUAUGGAGAGAUGGGAGACGCCGUACAUGCAUUUACUUGCUACCAUUGCUUCUAGUAAAGGUGGAAAAGUUUUAGAGAUUGGUUUUGGAAUGGCCAUCGCAGCGAGUAAAAUUCAGUCACGUGAAAUAUCCGAACAUUGGAUAAUUGAAUGUAACGCUGGCGUGUUUGAUCGACUGCAAACAUGGGGCAAAGAUCAACCUCAUACAGUUGUUCCAUUAAAAGGAAUGUGGGAGGAAGUUGUUCCAAUAUUACCAAGCGGUCAUUUUGAUGGUAUACUGUAUGAUGCAUAUCCAGGUAUACUGUAUGAUACAUAUCCACUAUCUGAGGAAGACUGGCACACUCACCAGUUUGCUUUCAUCAAAAAUCACGCGAAACGUUUGUUAAAGCCGGGUGGUGUGCUCACUUAUUGUAAUCUUACAUCAUGGGGGGAAUUAAUGAAGAACAAAUAUACCGACAUUGAACAAAUGUUUCAGGAAACUCAAGUACCCCACCUAGUAGAAGCAGGAUUUAUGAAAAACAAAAUCACAACUCAAGUUAUUGAUAAUAAACCACCUCAAGAUUGUAAAUAUUAUUCAACGGCAAAAAUGAUCGGACCUACCAUUAUUAACGAGUAGUUUUCUAUUUCCAAACAUGCUGUAUUUUAAUGCCCUACUGUAAUUUGUUUUCGUUUUUACAAUUUUUUUUAUAAUUUUAA